GCGCGGAGCAGAGCCGCGGGGAGCGGGCCCACCGCGGGGACGCGCGGCGCUGUCCGGGCCGCCUAGCUGCCCACCCGACCGGCUCGGCUCGGCACGGCUCCCGGCGUUCUCCCGGGGGCCAGCCGACCCUCGCUCGGUAUAAUACUUCACAUCUGCUUCAGAAAGAAAGUGCCUGCUACUCUUACUGUUUCUUCGCAGGUUCAUGACAGUCCAGAAAAGAGAAUCAGACGUGUGCAUUGCCCACCAGCCAAGAUGAACAUGGUGAAGAGGAUCAUGGGCCGACCCCGGCAGGAGGAGUGCAGCCCCCAGGACAAUGCCCUGGGGCUGAUGCACCUGCGCAGGCUCUUCACUGAGCUGUGCCACCCUCCCCGGCACAUGACGCAGAAGGAGCAGGAAGAGAAACUGUACAUGAUGCUGCCGGUGUUUAACAGGGUUUUUGGAAAUGCUCCUCCAAAUACAAUGAUAGAGAAAUUUUCUGAUCUUCUGCAGUUCACAACACAAGUCUCACGACUGAUGGUGACAGAAAUUCGAAGGAGAGCAUCAAACAAAUCCACAGAGGCUGCAAGUCGGGCCAUAGUCCAAUUCCUAGAAAUCAAUCAGAGUGAAGAGGCCAGUAGAGGCUGGAUGCUUCUCACAACGAUUAAUUUGUUAGCAUCCUCUGGUCAGAAAACCGUGGACUGCAUGACAACGAUGUCAGUGCCUUCCACCCUGGUUAAAUGUUUAUAUCUGUUCUUUGACCUUCCACAUGUGCCUGAGGCAGUUGGAGGUGCACAGAAUGAGCUACCUCUAGCAGAACGUCGUGGACUACUCCAGAAAGUUUUUGUCCAGAUCUUAGUGAAACUUUGCAGUUUCGUUUCUCCAGCAGAGGAGCUGGCUCAGAAGGAUGAUCUCCAGCUUUUAUUCAGUGCAAUAACUUCUUGGUGCCCCCCCUACAACCUGCCUUGGAGGAAGAGUGCUGGUGAAGUCCUUAUGACUAUAUCUCGUCAUGGUCUUAGUGUCAAUGUGGUGAAGUAUAUUCAUGAGAAAGAAUGUUUAUCUACUUGUGUUCAGAAUAUGCAGCAAUCUGAUGACCUGUCUCCCCUAGAAAUUGUUGAAAUGUUUGCUGGACUUUCUUGUUUCCUCAAAGAUUCCAGUGAUGUCUCUCAAACCCUUUUGGAUGAUUUUCGGAUAUGGCAAGGAUAUACUUUCCUUUGUGAUCUCUUACUUAGGUUGGAACAAGCAAAAGAGGCAGAAUCCAAGGAUGCCUUGAAAGAUCUGGUUAAUCUGAUAACUUCUCUAACAACAUAUGGUGUCAGUGAACUAAAGCCAGCUGGUGUUACCACCGGAGCCCCCUUUCUGUUGCCUGGGUUUGCUGUGCCUCAGCCUGCAGGCAAAGGUCACAGUGUGAGAAACAUCCAGGCCUUUGCAGUUCUCCAGAAUGCAUUUUUAAAAGCGAAAACCAGCUUCCUCGCCCAGAUCAUCCUAGAUGCCAUCACAAAUAUUUACAUGGCUGACAAUGCCAAUUACUUCAUCCUAGAGUCGCAGCACACACUGUCACAGUUCGCGGAAAAAAUUUCCAAACUCCCAGAAGUGCAAAACAAAUACUUUGAAAUGCUGGAGUUUGUCGUUUUUAGCUUAAACUAUAUCCCCUGUAAAGAACUCAUCAGUGUUAGCAUCCUCUUAAAAUCUAGUUCUUCUUACCACUGUAGCAUUAUUGCAAUGCGAACACUCCUCAAGUUUACACGACAUAACUACAUAUUUAAAGAUGUGUUCAGGGAGGUGGGCCUCCUAGAGGUCAUGGUAAACCUUUUGCACAAAUAUGCCGCCCUCCUAAAGGAUCCAACUCAGGCGCUAAAUGAUCAAGGGGACUCAAGAAAUAAUAGUUCCAUUGAAGAUCAAAAACACUUGGCUUUGUUGGUGAUGGAGACUUUGACAGUGCUUCUUCAAGGAUCAAACACAAAUGCAGGGAUUUUCCGAGAAUUCGGAGGUGCGAGAUGUGCACAUAAUAUCGUGAGGUACCCUCAGUGCAGGCAGCACGCCCUGAUGAUUAUCCAGCAGCUGGUGCUCUCUCCCAACGGGGAUGAUGACAUGGGCACUCUCCUGGGCCUGAUGCACUCGGCACCGCCAACAGAACUACAGCUGAAGACUGACAUCUUAAGGGCCCUCCUCUCAGUCCUUCGAGAAAGUCACCGAUCAAGAACAGUCUUUAGGAAGGUUGGAGGGUUUGUGUACAUAACCUCUCUGCUGGUUGCCAUGGAGAGAUCUUUGAGCUCCCCACCCAAGAACGGCUGGGAGAGAGUAAACCAGAACCAAGUGUUUGAACUUCUCCACACUGUUUUCUGCACAUUGACUGCCGCCAUGCGCUACGAACCAGCCAACUCUCACUUCUUCAAGACCGAGAUUCAGUACGAGAAGUUGGCAGAUGCCGUUCGAUUUCUUGGCUGCUUCUCAGACCUGAGGAAAAUAAGCCCCAUGAAUGUUUUCCCCUCCAACACACAGCCAUUUCAGCGCCUCCUAGAGGACGACAUGAUUGCCAUGGACUCUGUGUCGCCCACUUUACAGCACUGCAGUAAACUCUUUAUUUAUCUUUACAAAGUAGCCACAGAUUCUUUUGACAGUCGUGCAGAACAGAUCCCUCCUUGCCUGACAAGUGAGUCUUCUCUCCCCUCUCCUUGGGGUACACCAGCUUUGUCCAGGAAAAGGCAUGCAUAUCAUUCUGUCUCGACUCCCCCCGUCUACCCUCUCAAAAGUGUUGCUGACAUAAAACCCCAUGUGGCAACUUCAUCUCUGCAGAGUUCUGAUGCCAUCAUCAUCCACCCUGGAGCCAUGCUUGCUAUGCUGGACCUCCUGGCCUCUGUGGGGUCCGUGACACAGCCAGAUCAUGCUCUGGACCUUCAACUGGCUGUGGCCAAUAUUCUGCAGUCCCUGGUGCACGCAGAAAGGAACCAGCAGGUCAUGUGUGAGGUCGGCCUUCAUGCUCGCCUGCUGCAGCGCUGCAGCACGGCUCUGGCUGACGAGGACCACGCCCUGCACCCGCCCCUGCAGCGCAUGUUUGAACGGCUCGCCUCUCAGGCCCUGGAGCCCAUGGUGCUAAGGGAGUUUUUGCGUUUGGCAAGUCCAUUAAAUUGUGGUGCCUGGGACAAAAAGCUGCUGAAACAGUACAGGGUGCACAAACCAAGUUCAUUGAGUUAUGAGCCAGAGAUGAGAAGUAGUAUGAUCACAUCCAUGGAAGGUCUGGGUUCUGAUAAUGUUUUCAGUUUACAUGAAGAUAAUCACUACCGGAUAAGCAAGAGCCUGGUAAAAUCUGCAGAAGGAAGCACUGUUCCCCUGACUAGGGUGAAGUGCCUGGUGUCCAUGACAACGCCACAUGACAUCCGACUUCAUGGGUCAUCAGUUACUCCAGCUUUUGUUGAAUUUGACACAUCCCUUGAAGGGUUUGGCUGCCUGUUCCUGCCUAGCCUGGCCCCUCACAACGCCCCUACAAACAAUGCCGUCACCACAGGCCUGACUGAUGGUGCUGUGGUCAGUGGCAUUGGGUGUGGUGAAAGAUUCUUCCCCCCUCCCUCUGGCUUAAGCUACUCCAGCUGGUUCUGUAUCGAACAUUUUAGUUCUCCUCCCAAUAACCACCCUGUGCGUCUUCUCACCAUCGUCCGCCGAGCCAAUUCCUCAGAGCAGCAUUAUGUGUGCCUCGCCAUGGUCCUGUCAGCAAAGGACCGGUCUCUGAUUGUUUCCACCAAGGAGGAACUGCUUCAAAACUACGUUGAUGAUUUCAGUGAAGAAUCUUCCUUUUAUGAGAUUCUGCCAUGCUGCGCUCGCUUCCGCUGUGGAGAGCUGAUCGUGGAGGGCCAGUGGCACCACCUGGUCCUGGUGAUGAGCAAAGGCAUGCUGAAGAACAGCACUGUUGCCCUCUACAUUGACGGACAGCUGGUCAGCACUGUGAAGCUUCACUACGUUCACAGUACCCCUGGAGGCUCAGGCUCUGCAAACCCACCAGUGGUCAGUACAGUGUAUGCCUACAUUGGCACCCCACCAGCCCAGCGCCACGUGGCUUCACUGGUUUGGCGCCUGGGACCGACGCACUUCCUGGAAGAAGUUUUACCUCCUUCACAUGUUACUUCCAUAUUUGAACUAGGACCAAAUUAUGUUGGAAGCUUCCAGGCUGUGUGUAUGCCAUGUAAAGAUGCAAAAUCAGAAGGUGUGGUGCCUUCUCCUGUGGCCCUGGUACCUGAGGAGAAGGUGUCCUUUGGCCUCUAUGCUCUCUCUGUGUCUUCCCUCACUGUGGCAAGAAUCCGGAAAGUGUACAACAAGCUGGAUAGCAAAGCCAUCGCUAAGCAGUUAGGCCUUUCCUCCCAUGAGAAUGCUACUCCUGUGAAGUUGAUACCCAAUUCAGCAGGGCAUCUUAAUGGACCCGCCCGGACAAUUGGGGCCACUCUGAUUGGAUACUUGGGAGUGAGAACAUUUGUCCCUAGACCUGUCGCCACAACUCUGCAGUACAUCGGUGGGGCUGCGGCCAUCCUGGGCCUGGUGGCCAUGGCCUCAGAUGUGGAAGGACUCUACGCAGCUGUCAAAGCCCUGGUCUGUGUGGUCAAGAGUAACCCCCUCGCCAGCAAAGAAAUGGAAAGGAUCAAGGGCUACCAGUUGCUUGCAAUGCUGCUUAAGAAGAAGCGUUCCCUUCUUAACAGCCACAUCCUCCACCUGACAUUCUCCUUAGUGGGAACCGUUGACAGUGGACACGAGACCUCCAUCAUCCCAAAUUCAACUGCUUUCCAGGACCUCCUCUGUGAUUUCGAGGUCUGGCUCCAUGCACCCUAUGAGCUUCAUCUUUCUUUGUUUGAACACUUCAUUGAGCUGCUCACCGAGUCCAGUGAAGCAUCAAAGAAUGCCAAAUUAAUGAGGGAAUUCCAACUCAUCCCAAAGCUGCUACUGACACUUCGAGAUACGUCUUUAUCCCAGCCUACCAUUGCUGCUAUUAGUAACGUGCUGAGCUUUUUACUGCAAGGUUUUCCCAACAGCAAUGAUCUGCUCAGGUUUGGACAGUUCAUUUCUUCUACUUUACCAACCUUUGCAGUUUGUGAGAAGUUUGUGGUUAUGGAAAUAAAGAAUGAAGAGAAGCUUGACCCUGGAAGUGAAGAAGAAUUUGGAUGCCUUGUGUCUGCGAAUAUUAUCCUUUUAAGGAACAGACUUCUAGAUAUUUUGUUAAAACUAGUUUAUACAUCUAAAGAAAAGACAAGCAUUAACUUACAAGCUUGUGAAGAGUUGGUCAAGACACUGGGUUUUGACUGGAUUAUGAUGUUCAUGGAAGAGCACCUGCAUUCCACCACAGUUACAGCAGCCAUGAGGAUUCUCGUUGUGUUGUUGAGCAAUCAGUCUAUUCUCAUCAAGUUUAAAGAAGGACUCAGUGGAGGAGGGUGGCUGGAACAGACGGAUUCUGUCUUAACAAAUAAGAUUGGCACUGUGCUAGGAUUCAAUGUGGGUAGGAGUGCUGGUGGAAGAUCUACAGUCAGAGAGAUUAACCGGGAUGCUUGUCAUUUCCCUGGUUUUCCAGUCCUGCAGUCCUUCCUUCCUAAACACACUAAUGUCCCUGCCCUCUACUUCCUCCUCAUGGCAUUGUUUCUGCAGCAGCCAGUUAGUGAGCUGCCUGAGAACCUGCAGGUCAGUGUGCCUGUCAGCAGCAGCCGAUGUAAGCAGGGUUGCCAGUUUGACUUGGAUUCUAUCUGGACCUUCAUCUUUGGCGUCCCUGCUUCCAGCGGCACUGUCGUCUCCUCCAUCCACAAUGUGUGCACUGAAGCUGCGUUUCUGCUGUUGGGAAUGCUACGCAGCAUGCUGAACUCACCAUGGCAAUCAGAGGAGGAGGGAUCUUGGCUCCGAGAGUACCCUGUGACCCUGAUGCAGUUCUUCAGAUACCUGUACCACAACGUGCCAGACCUGGCCUCCAUGUGGAUGAGUCCUGACUUCCUGUGCGCGCUGGCAGCCACGGUCUUCCCCUUCAACAUCCGUCCUUACUCAGAGAUGGUGACUGAUCUUGAUGAUGAAGUUGGGUCUCCAGCAGAAGAAUUUAAAGCCUUUGCAGCAGACACAGGGAUGAACAGAAGCCAAUCAGAGUACUGCAAUGUGGGCACCAAGACAUACCUGACCAAUCACCCAGCUAAAAAGUUUGUUUUUGACUUCAUGCGGGUCUUAAUAAUAGACAACCUCUGUCUCACUCCUGCCAGCAAACAGACACCACUGAUAGACCUUUUGCUAGAGGCUUCCCCGGAAAGAUCUACAAGAACUCAACAGAAAGAAUUUCAGACUUACAUUUUGGACAGUGUAAUGGACCACUUGCUUGCAGCUGACGUUCUAUUGGGGGAAGAUGCCUCUCUGCCCAUCACCAGUGGAGGAAGCUACCAGGUUUUGGUGAACAACGUGUUCUACUUCACACAACGUGUGGUGGACAAGCUUUGGCAAGGAAUGUUCAACAAAGAGUCUAAACUCCUCAUAGAUUUUAUAAUCCAACUCAUUGCACAGUCCAAGAGAAGAUCGCAGGGCCUGUCACUGGAUGCUGUGUACCACUGCCUCAACAGGACCAUCCUGUACCAGUUCUCACGUGCACACAAAACCGUGCCGCAGCAGGUAGCUUUGCUGGACUCACUCAGGGUCCUCACCGUCAACAGGAACCUGAUCCUGGGGCCUGGCAACCAUGACCAAGAGUUCAUUAGCUGCCUGGCUCACUGCCUCAUCAAUCUCCAUGCUGGAAGCAACGUGGAUGGCUUUGGGCUGGAAGCGGAGGCCCGCAUGACGACAUGGCACAUUAUGAUCCCCUCUGAUAUCGCCCCAGAAGGGGGAUAUAGCCAGGACAUCAGCGAAGGACGUCAGCUUCUCAUAAAGGCUGUCAACAGAGUAUGGACUGAGCUGAUACACAGUAAGAAACAGGCUUUGGAGGAGCUCUUCAAGGUCACACUUCCUGUGAAUGAACGGGGCCAUGUGGACAUUGCAACAGCAAGGCCGCUCAUUGAGGAAGCUGGCUUGAAGUGCUGGCAGAAUCAUUUGGCCCAUGAGAAGAAAUGUAUAAGCCGAGGGGAGGCCUUAGUGCCCACCUCCCAGUCCAAGUUGUCCCGAGUCAGCAGUGGCUUCGGCCUUUCCAAGUUAACCGGAUCAAGGAGGAAUCGUAAGGAAAGUGGUCUCAGUAAACACAGUCUUUCCACCCAGGAGAUUUCUCAGUGGAUGUUUACACACAUUGCUGUUGUUCGUGACUUGGUAGACACACAGUAUAAGGAGUAUCAGGAGCGUCAGCAAAAUGCCCUGAAGUAUGUGACAGAAGAGUGGUCCCAAAUCGAGUAUGAACUAUUGCGGGAGAGGGGCUUGUGGGGCCCCCCUAUUGGAUCCCAUCUGGACAAGUGGAUGUUGGAGAUGACAGAAGGUCCCUGCAGAAUGAGGAAGAAAAUGGUGCGGAAUGACAUGUUUUACAACCAUUACCCAUACGUGCCAGAAACGGAACAGGAGACCAAUGUUGCUUAUGAGGUUCCAUGUAAAGAGCCCGAGACAUCUGAUGGUAUCAUUCCUCAAAAGAAACCCGCCCGGUACAGAAGAGCCAUAAGUUAUGACAGUAAGGAAUACUACAUGCGCCUAGCCUCUGGCAACCCUGCCAUUGUCCAGGACGCCAUUGUAGAGAGCUCGGAAGGGGAAGCCACCCAGCAAGAACCAGAGCAUGGUGAAGACACUAUCGCAAAAGUCAAAGUGCUGGUCAAGCCUCCUCUAAAACGAUCUCGCUCUGCACCUGAUGGAGGAGAUGAGGAAAACCAGGAGCAGCUCCAGGACCAGAUUGCAGACGGCAGCUCUAUGGAAGAGGAGGAGAAGACUGACAACGCCAGCCUGCUGCGCUUGCUGGAGGAAGGAGAGAAGAUCCAGCACAUGUACCGCUGUGCUCGAGUGCAGGGCCUGGAUACCAGUGAGGGACUACUUCUUUUUGGCAAAGAGCAUUUUUAUGUGAUCGAUGGGUUUACAAUGACAGCCACCAGGGAAAUCAGAGAUAUUGAAACCUUAACUCCAAACAUGCACGAGCCAAUUAUCCCCAGGGGAGCCAGACAAGGUCCCAGCCAGCUCAAGAGAACUUGCAGCAUUUUUGCAUAUGAAGAUAUUAAGGAAGUGCAUAAAAGGCGGUAUCUCCUACAGCCUAUUGCUGUGGAAGUUUUCUCUGGAGAUGGACGCAAUUACCUCCUAGCUUUCCAGAAAGGAAUCAGAAACAAAGUCUAUCAAAGGUUUUUGGCUGUAGUGCCGUCUCUCACUGACAGCUCAGAGUCUGUGUCUGGCCAGCGACCGAACACAAGUGUGGAGCAGGGAUCCGGGUUGCUUAGCACUUUGGUUGGAGAGAAGUCUGUGACUCAGAGAUGGGAGAGAGGAGAAAUCAGUAACUUCCAGUAUUUGAUGCACUUGAACACUUUGGCUGGGAGGUCAUACAAUGACCUCAUGCAGUAUCCAGUCUUCCCCUGGGUUCUCGCAGACUAUGACUCAGAGGAGGUGGAUCUUACUAAUCCCAAGACAUUUAGAAACCUGGCCAAGCCAAUGGGUGCACAGACCGAUGAACGCUUAGCUCAGUACAAGAAGCGGUAUAAAGACUGGGAAGACCCUAAUGGAGAAACUCCCGCCUACCACUAUGGAACUCACUACUCCUCAGCCAUGAUCGUGGCUUCCUACCUCGUGAGGAUGGAGCCCUUCACGCAGAUAUUCCUAAGGCUACAGGGAGGUCACUUUGACCUGGCUGACCGGAUGUUCCACAGUGUGCGUGAGGCCUGGUACUCAGCGUCAAAGCACAACAUGGCGGACGUGAAAGAACUUAUCCCAGAGUUCUUUUACUUACCAGAAUUCCUUUUCAAUUCCAACAACUUUGAUCUAGGUUGCAAACAAAAUGGCACCAAACUUGGAGAUGUCAUCCUUCCGCCCUGGGCAAAAGGGGACCCAAGAGAAUUCAUCCGAGUUCACCGUGAGGCUUUGGAGUGUGACUACGUGAGUGCCCACCUGCACGAGUGGAUCGACUUGAUCUUCGGCUACAAGCAGCAAGGCCCUGCCGCAGUGGACGCUGUGAAUGUCUUCCACCACCUCUUCUAUGAGGGCCAAGUGGACAUCUACAACAUCAACGACCCGCUGAAGGAGACUGCCACCAUAGGUUUCAUCAAUAACUUUGGGCAGAUCCCCAAACAGCUCUUUAAAAAGCCUCAUCCACCAAAGCGAGUGAGAAGUCGGCUCAACGGAGACGUUGGGAUCUCUAUCCCACCAGGAACUACAGGCGACAAGAUCUUCUUCCAUCAUCUAGACAACUUGAGGCCUUCUCUAACACCUGUGAAAGAACUCAAAGAGCCUGUGGGGCAAAUAGUGUGCACCGAUAAGGGCAUUCUUGCAGUGGAACAGAAUAAGGUUCUCAUCCCUUCAACCUGGAACAAGACCUUCGCUUGGGGCUAUGCAGACCUCAGCUGCAGACUGGGAACCUAUGAAUCAGACAAGGCAGUGACUGUUUACGAGUGUCUGUCAGAGUGGGGCCAGAUCCUCUGUGCCAUCUGUCCCAACCCCAAGCUGGUCAUCACAGGCGGCACAAGCACUGUUGUGUGCGUGUGGGAGAUGGGCACCUCCAAGGAGAAGGCCAAGAGCCUCACACUCAAACAGGCCCUCCUUGGCCACACAGACACUGUCACCUGUGCCACGGCAUCAUUAGCCUAUCACAUCAUUGUCAGCGGGUCGCGGGACCGGACCUGUAUCAUCUGGGACCUGAACAAGCUGUCCUUCCUGACACAGCUCCGUGGCCACCGUGCUCCAGUCUCCGCCCUCUGCAUCAACGAGCUCACGGGCGACAUCGUGUCCUGCGCUGGCACCCAUAUCCAUGUGUGGAGCAUCAACGGGAACCCUGUGGUGAGUGUCAACACCUUCACAGGGAGGAGCCAGCAGAUCGUCUGCUGUUGUGUGUCGGAGAUGAACGAGUGGGACACCCAGAACGUCAUCGUCACAGGUCACUCGGAUGGCGUGGUCCGGUUUUGGAGGAUGGAGUUUUUGCAAGUUCCUGAAACACCAGCUCCUGAGUCUGUGGAAGUCCUGGAAAUGCAGGAAGACUGUCCAGAAACACAGAUAGGGCAGGAAGUGCAGGAUGAGGACAGCAGCGACUCAGAGGUGGACGAGCCAAGCAUCAGCCAAGACCCCAAGGAUGUGCCCAGCCAGCCAGGCAGCACCAGCCACCGGCCCCGGGCGGCCUCAUGCCGGGCCACAGCCACCUGGUGCACUGACAGCGGCUCUGACGACUCACGGCGCUGGUCUGACCAGCUCAGCCUAGACGAGAAAGACGGCUUCAUCUUUGUCAACUACUCAGAGGGCCAGACCAGAGCUCACCUGCAGGGGCCCCUCAGCUACCCGCACCCCAACCCUCUGGACACGCGCAACUACAGUAGAUUGAAGCCUGGAUACCGGUGGGAGCGGCAGCUGGUGUUCCGGAGCAAGCUGACAAUGCACACAGCUUUCGACCGCAAGGACAAUGCCCACCCCGCCGAGAUCACGGCCCUAGGUGUCUCCAAGGACCACAGUAGGAUCCUUGUGGGUGACAGUCGCGGCCGAGUCUUCAGCUGGUCAGUGAGUGACCAGCCUGGCCGUUCGGCCGCCGACCACUGGGUGAAGGACGAGGGCGGUGACAGCUGCUCUGGCUGCUCGGUGCGCUUUUCUCUCACAGAGCGGCGGCAUCACUGCAGGAACUGUGGCCAGCUCUUCUGCCAGAAGUGCAGUCGGUUCCAGUCAGAAAUCAAGCGCUUGAAAAUCUCUUCCCCGGUCCGCGUCUGUCAGAACUGUUACUAUAACUUACAGCACGAGAGGGGUACAGAAGAUGGGCCUCGGAAUUGCUGAGGAUUUCAGCAAGCUGGACCACAGUACGUGGUCCCCAGACUCCUUCCCAAUCCCCCUACUACAGCUCGCAUCUUGGGAGGCAGCAAAACAGUCUCCGUUUACACAUCUCUUCAUACCACGUGUCUGAAGCGUUGAAUUCAAAGGGAUCAUUGAAGAAACAGGUGUAGAGUACAGGCAUGGGGCAGACAGAUGCAAAUCAGGUGAACGGCACCAGAAGAGGAUGAGGUGGCUCCCAGGAAUAUCAUUCCCAGCCCCCGCUUCCCCCUGUUCAUGACAGCUGUCUCCAAGAGAACAUUCUCACUUGUUAGCUGUCUUUUCUGGGUUUCUUUCUUCCUUCAUUUUUUUUUUUUUUUGUAGAGUGACUCAUCCUUAUUUGAAAAAACCAACACCACCCACAGAAAAAGGCUUUUCAGAAAAUGGUUGUAAAUCUGACUUCUUUGCAAGUAACUGUGUAUAUUGUAAAUAAGUAUAAAGGCCUUUUUUUCUAGGUGAGGGCUUAACUGCCUGUAACAUGAAACUUAAAACUAAACCACUACUUACAGUUUGUCUGACACCUCUCACCAGUCAAUUAAAUGCUUUUUUUUAAUUGUCACAGACAUUAUCUGUGGUCCUCCCCCCCCCACCCCCACUUCAAACACAGCCUGUGUGCCUGAUGUCCUUUCUUUCAAGUUGCCCACAGUGUAUCUCCAUUUAAACUAGGCUAAUAACCAAAAUAGCACGGACCUUGUUUAAGAAACAGUGUGGGAGGAUGAGCCCGGCUGUAAGGUAAGUGGGAACCAACUGGGCAUCUUGCAUCUGGCUCCACACCACCUCAGUGUUGUUCUUGUACCACAUGGCCCCAUGUCAGCCUGAGCCUGGACAGCUGCUUGGACCUGGCUUCCCUUCUUAGCAUCGCAUAGCAGCGGCCAGGGGACGGAUGCAGUGCAGGACACAGCCUGCCUCAGCUCCCGGGAUUCUCUUUGCAUGUAACCCAAAUUAGCUUCUCCUGCAUAGAACAUAAGAAGCAUGUGUCUUCGGUGACACUGACGUCCUACUAGAGCUUAUUUUUGGAAAAGGGUGGAAGACGAAGGAGAUGAAGACGGAAGAGGAGAAGAAGGUGUACAGGACUCACAUAGAAACCUUGUUGUGAAACUGGAUCAUGUCAGAACUGCUUAAAAGUAACCUUUCCCAUUUAAUGCCAUCUACCUGAAAACAGUGAGAUUUAUACUGUACCGAUGUCUAUUUUUUUGUUUUUACUAUAAAUAUAAUUACAGUAUUUUAAUAUUUAGUUAUUUAAUUUGUUCUACUAGUUGGGUACAGAACACACAAAUCCAGGGAGACUAGAGCUGGUGGGGCUUAGAGAGGACUUUAGUUUACAGGGAAAAGGCUUUGGUGGUGGAAUUUUUUAAAACGUGUGUUAUGUACAAUAUACAUAUGUAUAUAUAUAUAUGAAACAACUAAUCUAGAUUUUAACAUUUUCAGAUAUUUAGUGAUACUAUUAUGGAACAAUUCUAAAAGCCCUGUGAUUUGAAAAAUGCAAAAUCAUUGGUGGCCCAAGAAAGGAAGGACAGGCCUUCACAGCCUCUCAGAGGAAACGUGCAAAGGACAAUGGCUUUGGCUUUCCCAACUGUUCAUCUGUAGGCCCUGGUGACAGGCACACAUAUGCACUAAAAAUGCACAUAUAUGCACAUGCAUUCAAAACUAGGCAUUGGGACAGUACUAACCUUGUACCUAAUGGGCUGAAACCAGCUUAAGAACAAAUUUGUUCUUCCUGAUAACUAGGUCUCCAAGAAAAAAAUAUAAAGGCUGCUUUAGUGCCUUAUGCUUAACUAAAUUUAAACCUUUAUUUACCUAAGUUUGAGCCUACAGUCUCUUUCUGAUUACAUAUCAAAAUUGAUUAAAACACUUCCAUUUCUAAAAGUUCAGAGACUCAUGUGAAUAAAAGGAUUGUUGGCAUUCAUACUUAAACUUGAAGAGUCGUGUUCUGUUUUCCCUUCUGUGUCUCACACCUCCCCACACUCCCCCUCCCAUCCUAACUAUCAUCCUCAAUCAACCCAAAUAAACAAUGCUGGCUGUCCCCACAGUUGCAAACUGUGCUGUCAUAGUCAGUCGUGGGCUUCGCCCCACCUGGCCCUACCAGAUGAGUUGUAGCAGUGUUAUUCUACACAUUUUAAAAGAAACGUCCCCCUCUUUGUCCAUGAACCAUGUUCACCCCAACCCAAUAGCAGAGGUGUUCUUUUAAGACUUGAACAUAUGAAUGUGUGUAUGUAGUUACUUAAAGGCUGUUCCUCUACGUGAUUAUGCUGUUAUAUGGGAUGGAACACUUUUUAACUUCCCCACACAACUUCCAUAUCUAGAAGGUGGAAACCAAAACCCUCGUGAUAGUAUUUCCUCUGGCAGCUGGUGCUGUGGGCAACUGUUUUGUUCAGUGGGGUCUCUUCUUUCUUGCUCCUAAUACAGAAACCACCACUCACUCACUCACACAAGUACACUCACAUACAUGAACUGUUUCUCUGUCUUUCUGUGUUCUGUGUCUAUUCGUUUACCACCACAUAUUCUCAGCAUGUAUACCCACCUUUGUGUGGUCUGUAUUCUUUCUCAGAGUACCUCACAAGGCUGCUGCCUGAUCUUUGUCGUCUGUUCAUCCAUCCAUCCAUCCAUGCAUCUAUCCAUAUAGUCAUCCGUAUAUUCUAACAUCUGUGUGUCAUGUGGAUCUUAAUGUCAUGCUUUUAAAGAGAAUAGCUGCCCAUAGCAGCCUUCCAUCUGGAUAAUAGCAGAACACUCUAGAUAAGUUAUUUUGCACUUUCUUAUGUAUAAAGUUGGUAGAAACUUAUUUUUGCUUUGUAUCAUUUAAAUACAUUUUGUUUUGGUAAAUGAACUGUGUAUAAAAUAUUUAUGCCGUUAAAACUGUUUUUAGAAAGUAUUUUUAAUUUCAGCAAGUUUGGUUACUUGUUGCAUGACUAUUAACACAGCUGACUUUUUGUGUCAGUGCAAUGUAUAUUUUUUUUGUCCUGUUAUUAACUUGUAAGCCCUAGUAAUGGCCAAUUAUUUGUACAGCAACAGAAGUAAACUGAAGAUACUGGCUAAGACUGGAUUGAUUGUGGACUUUUGUACUAUACUGCAGAAUCCAAUAUCUGUUCUUUGGUGGUUAUGUAAAAGGCCUGAAGAAUUACUAUCUAGUGUGCAAUCUGUGAUAACUGAAUGUUCAUUGUAUACCUGUCUCUGAUGCAAAAAGGUAGAGUAACACAAUUACAUGAUUAAAUGCCGUAGUCCAGGUACUUUUUUUCAUUUCAAAUAAAUGCCUACUACUUACCACCCCAAAACAAGAAAA